ACCAAAAGCUAACACAUUGCUUAAUUAGAUUCCGGAAGAGUAACCUAAACCCUUUCUCUCUCCCUAAAAUCAAUCUGCCUCUUUUUUCCCCUUUCCGAGCAGAUCUGAGCCGAAGGUUAACUACAUGACCGGCGUUGAGAACGGCUUGAGAAUGACGUCACCAGAGACGUCUUCAACAUCCUCCCUCGCCACCACAAGUGUCCACGUAAGCGCUCUCGACGGACUCGUGAACGUGAACUCUCUCUUCACCAUCGCCGUCUUCGUUGGUCUUUCCUUAGCGACUCCAGGACAACACAGCCUCGAACAACGAUCCAGCUGCGACGCAAGUGCUGACGUGGCCAAGAAGCUACUGGUCUUCGAAGUCGUCUCCUUCAGCUUCUUCCUCUUCUCCUCUCUCGUAGCUCAGGGUCUUAAGCUUGCCUUAAACCUUCUUAAUAGCAAAGACGUCAACGAGAUUUUCAGAGCUCACAUCAAUAUCAAGGUUUUGAGAUGGGGAAUGAUGGCUUCUGCUGUCGGAUCUGUCAUGGGCUGUCUCUUCUUGAUGCUCUCUAUGGUUAAUGUGAUUCAGAUCCGUCUUGGUUUGCUCUCUUGCGGCAGCAAAUCGGCGGCUCAAGCGGUUGCAACGCUCGUCACUCUGGUUUCCUCUGCUCUGCUGAUUUACAUCUCUACCGCUAUUUACGCUUUCUGGCAUUGAUACUGAUGAAUCAAUUCCUGUCAAAAUUGGAUAAUGAUGUGGAGAAUGUUCCCAAGUCCAUGGCUUUAUUUUGAUUAGCCAUUGUGUAAUAUCAUCAUCAAUGCCUUCCAAUAUCGUUUUUUCUUUGUUUGUUUCGGAGAAUGAAGAAUCAAUCACAAG